AUGCCUCACCAAACGGUGAUCAUUAAAAAAAGAUCAGCCACUUUGAUUGACAGCGGCGUGUGCAGGGAGGGCGAGCGGCUGGUCGUCGGGCCGACAGAUGAGGGCCGUUUCCUGCGUCUGAAGGUCGGCAGCAUCCAGAGGAACCGCUCGGCGUGCCGCGUGCUGAGGGCGGGACAAGCCGCCACGCUGGCGCUCGGCAACUUUGACCGCUCGCUGCUGCGCAAGGGUAUGGUGAUGGUCAGCCCAAAGAUGAACCCGACCAUCUGCUGCCAGUUCGAAGCCGCCAUCGUCCUCCUCUUCCACGCCAAGACGUUCCGCCGCGGCUCGCAGGUCACCGUGCACGUGGGCAACGUGCGGCAGACGGCCACCGUGGAGUGUGUCCACGGGAAGGACGAGCUGAGGACGGGCGAGCGCGCCGUGGUCCGCUUCCGCUUCAUCAAACACCCGGAGUACCUGCGGCUCGGCGCCAAGCUGCUGUUCCGGGAGGGCGUGACCAAAGGCAUCGGCCACGUGGCCCGCCUGCUGCCGCCCUCCCAGAACCACGACCAGAACCACGACCAGAACCUGCAGGACCAUUAGAGCCCUCUGAGCGGCGUCUUCAUCCGCCCGUCCUGGAUCUGUCCUCCUGUCCUCGUCAGAGUCCGUCUUCAUCCUCAUCUUCCUCCCCGUUGGUCCGGGUCCGGAGGGAACGCCGGCUGAUAUCGGUGGAUUUAAGUUGGGAAGUUUAAUCUGACGUUUGAUUUCAGAAGCUCCGUCACGAGGAAGCGGCGGGAUUAUUUUUGGGCUCCCUGCAGACGAGGAGACCCCUGACCUCCGCUGCGCAGCACGGACCGUCCUCCGUCUUCACUGUCAGCGGAGGAUUAUUUCCAGAGCGACUCGCAGCUUCUGUGCGUCAGUCUGAGGCGUCGACUCGUGUUUCGGCCCAAAAAUCUUCCAAACGGGACUGUUGUUAUCUCCGCGGAGCUCGGCGGGCGUCACGAGUUUUCUCAGGAGGAGGAGCCGUAGUUAACCCUUUCACAGCUGCGUGGCCCUCAGUUUCCUGGAGCCUCAUUAAGGCGUCUUUCAAAAGCAUUUAAACGUCUGAAACCUGGAAAACUGGUUCCAUUUCCAUUUGUUUUUUUCAGCA